UUAAAAUCCUUUUGCGGUGUUCAAAAACGCGUCUCACUCUUGACUUUUGAUAAACAACUCAAGAAUGGACGAAGACGAAGAUGAAAUCAUAUUAUUCGAGCCAUCGAAACUAAAUAAAAACGCAGCACAACCCACACCACCUCGGGGUGCACUACCUACAGGUAGAAAGAAACAGAUUGGUAGAUCUACGCGCUCAGCUGUACAGCCCUCAUCUCAGCAAUCACCUAAUCCACGUGAAAGGAAGCAGCUUAGAUCGUCGUCUAGAGAUGAUGGCGUUUCUCUCAUUCCAGCGAGCACCAGUAAAUCAACACGUUACAGUAGAAGAAUAAAAUUGCAGAAACAUGUUAGUUUAUCUGAUGAUGAGCAGGAAAUCCCUUCAUCUACGCGACCACAUUCAGACCCACUCGAUAAGAGCUUUGAAAAGAAUCUGAAUAUAGAGAACUCUAGUGAUGAAUCCUGGGAGAGAGAUAAUAUGAAGGAUCUCAGCUGGAAUGUUCCUCCUAUACCAGAUUCUCCAGAUAAUCCACCUCCAUCACCAACUUCGCAUCUUAGGAAAGGAAAUACGAGUGAAAGGAUGUCAGUAUCACCUGCACCUAUAAAACCGGGUCGUAGUGGUCAUGAUAAUAAGAAAGGUCCGACCACUAACUUCGAAACUACGCGAGAUUAUGACGACAAUGAGGAUCAGAAUGCGCAUGUAGAACAAGGAGUUUCAUAUAUGCAUAUCGAUAAUAGAACAGAAGACCUCAAAGAACCAUCAAAUGAUCAAUCUCAGUCAUUUUUGGAUGCCCUCGAAACACAACAGAAGGGUACACCUCCACAGAACAUCUCAGUUUUAUCAAAGAUCAGUAAAAUUCCAGCAGAAUUGGAAUCAACUCAAAUUCUUCGUGAUCUUAAGCAACUAGAAGCUGAAGAUGAAGAUUUAGACAAGACAAAUAGUUUUGAUUUUGAAACCGAGCUUUCAGAAUUUGAUAAGCAUAUCGAGGAAUUAAGAGAAUCUAAAAAUUAUUUGAGAAGGCGUGAAAAGCAGCGGGAAGCAGAAAGAGAUAAAGCAAACGAAUUGAAUAAACCGCAUCUCCACACAGCGGAAGGCACUCCGCUGCGAAAGAUAAAAAACAAAGACAAAUAUGAUAGAAGAUAUUCUUACAUGAGGGGUCCGCCUGGUCAUACACCUCGUAAACUUGCAGAUUCUAGCUGGUUGGAGGAUGAGCCUUCUUUGGCUGUUAGAUCUAGGACUCAAACUAUGGACGAUAUGAGUGGGAAUGACCAUGAUGGCAGUGAUGACAUAAAUACUGAAACUAAUAACAAUGAUGUGUUAGAAGAUUAUGAAAGUGAUAAUGAGCGACUGGAGAAUAGUGAGAGGAAUGUCGUUUCUGAAGAGAAUCGUAACAAUCAGACUACCGAGCACAAACGUGUUUUUGAAGACAGUGCUGAUCAAAGCCAUUCAUCUGUGCAAGAACCAAAAUUACCUCAAGAGGUGGUGGACCCGCUUUCGAAUAAUAUUGAGUCAGAUCAGAAAAGGGUUUCGCCUCAACCACAGUUGGAUGAAAUUCAACAAGAUCAUCACUUACCACCUGCAAUUGCUACUGGCGAGACUGCACGUCUACCAGUAGCAUCCAUGAAUCAAAAUGUAGACAAUGAAGUACCAGUACAUGUCAAACAAGAGCCAAGUCUACCCGAUAUAGAGGUUUCUGCUCAUACUGAAGAGUCAAUUGCACAGAAAUCUGUAGAACCAUCACUAGAUCAAUCAUCUGAUCACCCUAUACAAGAGCCGCAAACUUCUCAAAAGCAACCGUCGCCACAAACACAAAGAAAUCAAGCACAUCAUUCCAUACCAGAGCAGUCAGAAGUACAUUCGCAUAGAGACCAUGCUUCAACUACGCUCGAUUUGCAGGAAAAGCGUGAUUUAUUGCGACACGUUGACCGCGUCCUAGCACCAAACAAUGAAGCAAUCGUGGAGGUAUAUAGUAAAGACCCAGAAGUUGCAACACGCGCAAGUAAUAUAUUACAAUUGUUGAAUAGUUAUAUUGAAACUGGCGAGCAUCCUCAACUAACGUACGAAGAAAAGAUGCAAAAAGCUGAAAAAGAAGUUAAAGCAGUUAUGCCUCACUUAUUUACUCAAAAAAGCUUUUCAAAAACAGCGCCUUCAGCAGCAAUAUCGCGACAAUCAACUGAUGUAUUCUCACCGCAGCUAUCUACGAAAUUACCAUCUGCACCUGAUUUCAGAAAGAAAUUAACACCAGAAUGGGGUAGAGAUAAUUGGAAAGCACUCGAAAAAACAUUUAAUAAGUGUAAAAACGAGGGUGUUGAAGAUGUCGAGACUAUCGUGAGUGAGUUCCUAGAUGAAUGGGGCAUUACACAUAAGAAAGCUGUUGGAGAUCUCAAUCCUGACAAAAUUUUCAAUAGAGUACGUGCACUUGAAAUAAAAGAAGUAGAGAGGCGUAAGAGAAGACUAAUGAGACGAUCACAAUCACGAAGAUCUAUGUCAUUGGCGACAUCUAGAGCAACAUUUUCACCUAGUGAAUCACUUAUGAAUGCUGAUUAUACUAAUGCACCUAAAUAUACAUCAAUAUACCCACAAAAUAGAUUACAAAAAUCUCAAACUAAUACUCCAUCAUCGGGCAAUAAAACUAGCACACAUAAAACACCUCUAACGAGGUUGAACAAUGAACAUUCCCGUCAAACACCUUCAUCACUUCAAAAAUUAAUGAACUUUGGCUUGAAUCCAUUGAAGAAUUUAUUCAAUGAUCAAAAUAAGCUCAAACCAGUGAUGGAAUCUUCGAAAGAUGAGACUGAUAGGAGUGUUAGCGACGAAUCACGGAGCAUUGGUGAUCAAUCAAGAAGUAUGAGUGAUCAUUCAAUUAAUACUUCUAGUACAGGCGCAUCUAUAUGGCGUGAAGACAAACACAAAUUGAGAGGUAUCCCACCUAGACGUUUAGAUAACAAUCCAUCAAUAAGUGGUAUCAUUAGAACUAGGUCAACACCAUUGUCAAGUAUGCAUCAAACUGUUCGGGGUAUGCAAGGAAAUGACAAGCGAAGCAACGAUACACACGAACAUAAACGUCACAAACAAUCACCUAGAAGAUCUAUCAGUAGACGCUUGUCGAACACAAGUCAACGGUCAUCCAGUCUACGAAAUGAUGUGACACAGGACGUUUUAGAUAACAGUUUGUUAAAGUAA